GACCCAGCACUGGAUAUGCAUAUGUGAAAGAGGGUGAGACAGAGAGAUAGGGUGACGGCCAGAAAGGAAGAGUGACUCAAAGAGAGAGAGAGAGAGUUAAAGAGAGAGUGCGCAAGGCUGAGGACACUGAUCAAUGCAUCUUUGUGCUUGCUGCCUCAGCAAGUGAAGGUGAGAGCAAAUCAAAACAAAUGAAAAGCAGAAGCCUCUGGAGAGAAGCAAACAGCCUCCAAUCAGCCUCUGAGGGAGGAUGAUUACUGUCUGUGGAGAGCUAGAGGAGUGACUGUCAAGGCAAGUGUUGUUUGAACACAUGCUCAUGUGCGGAUUCGAGUCAUCUUAGAGUAUCCUCACUGCACCCACUUACUGGACAACAAGACCUUUUGUGGAUACUCAAACCUAUAGAAAUAUACCUGCAACAUGGCAGGAAUCUUUGGAGUUUGAGUCUCAGGAUGUAAUUGAAGACUGACUUCAGGCUGUUGUCAUGUGUGGUGCCACAGCCUGGUGCCACCCAGAGGGGUCAGCUUGACAUCCACAACAGAACAUCAAGAAAGAGAGAUGCUAGGGGGAAUGGACAACAAGAUGAUCAGAAAUGUUUGCAGAUUCAAGGCUGGGGGCUGAGGGAAUGUGUGUGUUCGCUGGAAAUGUGAUGCAUGGCAAAACAGUGUUCCAUAGUGGUCAAAUGCAUUGAUUUCUACUCAAGUCUGCCUCGACCAGUUAUACUUGAAAUGGGUAGACGAGCAGCUGAUCACACCGCUCCAGUGCCAGUUCUCGGAGAGCCCGCACUUGUGGGGACACGUGUCUGGAGGGCCAUCACAAGUGGGACCAGUAGUAUGGCGGCCCUCACACUCUCAUCACUGUCUCAUCACUGUAAUGUCGGUGUGCAGACAUCACCUGCAAUGAGAAACAACCAACUACAGCUGAAUGGAAAACAUGUGGAUGCUUGUAAUAGUCAAUCAGAAAACAAAGUGAUCAUGCCACCCAAUGGCCACAUUCCAAACAAGGCCGAUAAAAAGGAGUAUAAUGUGAAAGAAAAAACAAAAAGUAUAAUUAUUAAACGAAAAGGUCUGGAGACUAAAAUGAAAAAGGGUGUGACCUUUGAGGGACUGGAGAGGGAUAUUUGUGCAAACAUCAUGGAAGAGGGGCAGUGCCAUAACUGUCCAAUUAGAACCAGUCCCACAUUGAGAAGUGUGGCUAAUGGCAUGUUAAAACCGAGAAGGUUCUGUCACUUCACCAAUGGGAGCAUAGUUGACUCUGAGGUAAUGGGCGGGAUCAGCAGUGACAUCAGUGAAGGGGAGGAGUCUUCCACCAGACAGAAAAAAACAUUACCCCCACGCUCACCUCCUCACAGACCUCCUGUGGCCAUCUGCAGCACUUGUGGUGGAAGGCAGAAUCCAGUGCCUCAUGGACUCUACAGCCAAAUAAGGAUGAUUACACCACCAAAAACUGUAGGUUCUCUGGGACUCCAGUCGAGACAUUCAUCCCCUCUUUAUCCUGGGAAGGAUGUGCAGGAAUACACGCAGAUAGAAAGGCACACCAACUGCAGUGCUACACAGUCAGACCAGCACCCCAUGAGCACUAACCUUCAUUCUUAUCUCAACAUGAAUAUAAACAAGGAAUGGCCAUUAUCUCUUCUGCCUGCUCAGCAGAGUGAAGCAUCAAACCUCACUAAUCAUCACGCAGUCAAGAGGGAAUCUAGUGCUGACACACACAUUAAUCAUACCAGUCGCUCAUCGGCUCUAAAUACACACACUCUUACUGUUACCGUGAAAGAGGAUAGAGGGUCAACAAAGGUCGUAAACACACACUUGAACACUCACAAACCUCACAACUCUUGUCCCUGCAGAACUCCUGUGUCUGUCAACCUUCCCCAAACACACAAAAACAGCCUGUCAGAGAAGCCAGAUGCCACACACUUGACAAAUACCAGAAUACCACACACAAACAGCCACUUCAGAUCAUCUCACCAGCCAAACCCUGAUGAGAAACAACUAACUCAAGGAAACCAAGUGAAACCUACACACUCAGAGUCUCCACAGCCACAAAAUAAAACACAGAUCAAAUCUUUGCAAACUACUUCGAAACAACAAAUGCUCCCCCAAACUAGCACACUGCAGAACUCCAAACCUCAAAGCAGUGAUGCACUUUUGAAAUGCUCACGUUUAAAUCAGACAAAAUCCCCUUCUUGUGUUCAUUUACAUUCAAACAUGAAACGUCAGUCUAUAGUGCAGAGUUGUGUGAAUGAAGGUGUCAUAUCCUCCACUGCUUCAAAAAUUCACAGACAGGUUCAAUUCCCUAAUGGAUUAGAGUCCAUGUCUGACAUGCACACUAAACCAUCAAUGUGCUCACACACAAAUUUUGGCAUUAAACCUCAAAGCAGGACGAAAAUCUAUGCUGACACAGAGUCAGAAUCUUCACCCUGUGAUUCACGUUCACAUUUUGCAGAGGUGACACACACACCUAAACUCUCAGGGCCUCACAGAAAACCACGUCAUGCAUCGAUACACAACGGCACUACUUCACCCACCAACACACACAGGGAAGCUUCCCACACAUCCACACAGCGAACAAACACCAGUGGAACAUCACUGCAGGGUAUAUCCGUGCAUAAAGACGCACUGUCACAUCCUUAUAGUGAGUCAAAAAGCCAAAAUGACACUCGCUUCUUUUCACGUGCCCCAAAUAUCUCAACCCAUCACAAAGCAACACUUACGAUGCAAACAGUCAACCAUCAGAACCUCUCAAAUGCAUUUACCUCCUCUCAAACUGAGGUGGAGGUGCAUCCGUACACCAAAGAAUGUUCUCAAACAAGCCCAAUCAAAUCAGCCUUGCACGCUUUAUGUGUUCUUUCAAAAACGCCACAUAGACAGACAGAGCCUAAGGUUCUCAGACGCUCUGUCCUGAAUCAGCUUAAUAAUGACACUCUUGAGUCCUCAUCACUAGCCAUCGCUUCCGCUAGGGCUUUUCCUCAAGCUACAACACACAACAGGACUGAAUAUAUAUUUUGGAGUGACACAGAGUCAAAGAAAAAGGCUGAUAUUAAGGCAGCAGAACCAGAAGGUCAGACGAUCAAAGGCUCACAACACUCGCUUCAUCCUCCAAACAAACCACCUCCCUCUUGUCGACCUCCGAAACCUUAUUCUGCACCUCCACAAGCACCAGCUUGUAAAUUCACAACAGGGGGCAGUGAAAACAGAGGCCUGAAUGUGGCCUCCAAUCAAAACCCACUUCUGGGACCCUCAGGCAAUUUGCCUACAGAACACUCACAGAAAGAUGGAAGUAUCCAGAACUCAAAGACACAGAUGGAAUCUCAGUCUGAUGGGGCUAGGCCCAUCCCUAGUGAACACUGUUCCAUAAUACAUGACCAUCCGGAUUCUGUGGCCCGGUUGCUGCCUGCAUCGCCUCGGUGUGGCAGUCCGCGGGACCCUAAGCACAGAUUAGAGAUGGUAGAGGCGAGUCUGCAGUCCAACAAGGAAAGAAUCACAACUCUGCUCAACAUCAUCCAGGACCUGGAGAUGAGCCAUGCAAUCAGCAAAGGUCGGCAGUGUUUUCAGACUGGCCAAGACUUCAGUGACUGUUCCACCUGUCAGAAGACUGCAUGUGCUGUUUACAGUGUGGAGUAUGACUUCCGUCAACAGGAGAGAAGAUUCAAGGAACUCUUCCAGAGUCUGUGUCCAUCAUCUCCAGAGAGGAGAGAAGGAUAUGAAGGAUCUCUGCCUUUACUCACCUUACUUAUUCAGAAUCACAAAUUACACCAGCUAAAUGCGAACAUUAUGACCCAUAGCCAAUCUGUGAAUCAAACUCAAAGUCAGCCUCAGAUUAUUUCUGAGAUUCAAUGCCAGAUUCGGGCUCAAUCUCAGUCUCAAACCCAGCUGCAGCCACAGAGUCAGUAUCGGACUCAGGCUCAGCCACAGGUUGUAACUCAGAUUCAGUCUCAGAUUCAAUCUCAGUCACAGAUUCCGUUUCAGCCACAGAUUCAAUCUCAAAAUCAAAUUAUAUCUCAGAUUCAAUCCCAGACUGAGAUUAUGCCUCAGAUUUUGCCUCAAAUUCAGAUUAUGUCUCAGAUUCAGUCUCAGGCUCACCCUCAGAAGCAGUGCCUGUUCAAGGCUAAAAUCAAAAGGAAGAAGUUUUACAGGAAACUGUUCAGCUGGCUACCACACAAAGUCCAAAUGAAAUGACUACAUAAUGUCAAGUAUCUAAAUUUCAUGCAUGACUCUCAACCCUCUGGUAUUCUUAGUCACAACUCCUUUUUUUUUCCGUAAUGCUGUCUGAAGUCUGACAUACUUUGUGGAAUGGAGCAAUAUUACAUGGUAUUCUGUGACUGCACUACCAAGGAGAAUUUAAAUUAUGAAACAAAUUUUCCUAGGAAAAUGAAAUCGUACAACAUUUACUUAAUGCAUUCUACUACUACUACUCUACAGUUUCAACAAACAUGGCCUUGACUAGUUAUGAAGGAUUUUGCACUUAAGAUGCUUUUUUUUUUAGGACAUGACGUUAUGAAUAGGCUAUAUACAUCCCUUCCUUAUUGAUAUUUCAAAUGGAAAGCUAUCAUCUGUUAAAGUCGGAGGACUGUGGUGGGACUGAAAUAUGGAGCUUCAAUGGCUGAAUUUUAGCUAAAUAAAUCACAGAUUCAAGGUUAUGCAACAAAGAUGGGUGUUUUGCCUCUUUUCUUCCAAAUAAAGACUCUAUUCCACCCACACAUGAUCAAAUAUUCAAAGGUUUAUACAGUAUAAGUACAUACAGUAUAUUAGCAUUAACUACUGUAAAUCAUAAGUUGGUACACAAAACUGUUGUUAGCAUACAGUGUUAUACUAUUCAAUAGACUGUACUAGUACACAAUAAGGACAGACAGGCAGUUGGUCUGAAAGCAAUGAGCUCCACUCCUGCAUUCCCAAAGGAAACUGGACGCAUACUUCAGGUCUCCAAAGCCCUAAACAAUCUGUGGCCGAACAGGCUUUCUUAAAAGGCUUUGAGAGUCAAACAAUGACAUGUUGCAAGAGCGUGGCGAAGCAUGAAGAACCUAUGAUGAAUUAAAAGUUUGGCUGCCUGACACACUCAUGGCUUAAUAUGUAAAAGUGCACACAAAUCCACUGCAGAGCUAUUCAUGCCCUGGUAGCUUCCUUUGAUUAAUAAGCUGUUGCCAGGGGCAAUGCAUUAUUUUAGACUAGAUUCUGCUUCAACUUAGUAUCCCCCAAAAAAACUGAUUCUCUGCAGUGCGUGUAAUGUGACAGGAGCCCAGAAUGUCAGCAUCUCUCCACAGCUCCACUUGAAGGGUCGGGUUCUCUCUCCAGGCCAAAGAGUAAGUGGACCUCACAGACAGACCUCAUCCAAGAGAGCGGACAGGUUCAGUACCUUUAGCCAUUAUAAUACACUCCUACAGGCUAGUAGCUCUGGAACAAAACAAACCAGAAAGGGCAGCAUAACUAAUCAAGUCUGCGUUCAUUUGUCAUCAAAAUGAGGUCACUUCCAUGAUGUUGUAUGCUAGUAGUUUUAUGUAUGGUUUAAAUAAAACAAAAGGAAAAAGAAAAAAUAAAAAAAAAAAUUUUUCUCUUCACUUUCAGGCUAUAUUGUGUUCAAAGGCCAUGUUUGCUAAUGUUCCUAAUAUUCCUGACAUAUUUAAGACUGAAGAGAGUUUAAGUGACAGUAAUCAGCAUCAGAAACAAUAUAAAUAUAGCGUUCAGUUUACAGAUCAUUAUAAAGAAAGAAUACUACAGGCUCUCUAUCACCAUCUGUGACUGAAACAUACAAUUGCAA